AUGCCCAUUUCGUUAGAGGAUCCUGAAAUGCAGGACUCAGAUAAUUUAUCUGAUGAUAGUAUCGUAGAAUUAACGGAAUUAACAGAUCGUAAUGAUUCUGAAAAUAGGAUCGUUCAUAGUGUUAAGAAAUAUAUAAAACAACUCCAAUUCUUCGUUCAUGAGAAAAACAUCUACCACCUCACAUUUACACAUUAUACUCUCCUCAUUAUAUGGUUUACCUUUCUCAUAAAGAAUAUUGCACAAUAUCAAGAGAGGUAUCAACAGAGUCGACUGAGAGCCUCGCGAUAUUUAAAUACAAUACUUUUUGGUUGUUCUGAUAUUUUGGCACAAUCAAUAACCUGCUAUUAUUCCCAACGCAUUGACCCGAUAAAUGGCGUGUUUGGUACUUCAACGAAUAACCUACUACAGAGAUUUCAAUCAACAAUUCUACCGGAAGAAUCUAAUUUGAAUAGUGGCUAUGAAAGCGAUUCAUUUUCAGUAUUCAAUGACUAUGGAAUUAGUCCAGUUUCUUCAAGAGAAUCAAAUAUUAUUGUAUAUGAAGAUCCUGAUGAACCGACUAUUACAAAAUUUAAUUUUACAAGAUUUAUUACAUUUUCUAUGUGGGGUCAAUGCAUAUCCUUUUUUCAGGUUCCAUGGUACAGAAUUUUAAAUUUCUUUUUUACUGAAGAUCCAUCAAUUGUUCAAGUAUUCGAAAGAGUUCUAGCAGAUCAAUUAUUAUAUUCUCCACUCUUUUUAUUCUUUUUUUUUACUUAUUCAAAUUUUGUUAUGGAAAGAGGGGAUAAAGAAACAUUUAAAAUUAAGAUUCAAAAAUUAUAUAUUUCAACUUUGGGUUGUAAUUUAUUAGUUUGGCCAUUAGCACAGUUAAUAAAUUUUUCGACUAUACCGAAGCCAUUUCAAAUACCUUUCAGUUCUUCUGUAGGUGUCUUGUGGAAUUGUUUCCUAUCUAUGAGAAACGCUUCUGGUUCAAAGUCAUUAUAA